AUGCCGUCGGUAGACGAACUCGCCGCGAAUGAUCCAUACGACGUCGAGGCGGCCACGCGGGCCGCCAAGAAGAUGACAUCCAAUCAGCUCCGCGACCGGCUGACCGCCGCCGCUGCGGACGCCUCGGGGCUCAAACCGGCGCUCGUCGAAAAGUGGGUCGCCACGGCGCGAGAGGUGGCCGUCGCCAAGAAGACGAAACUCGUCACGGGCGAGGACGUCGCGCGCGUUUCGGACGCGAUUGGCUGGCGCGCGCUCGCAGGCUACGUCGGCCUGGACGCUCGUGCGGCGCUCGCGGCGUCGAGCCGCGCGGGCCUCGCGGCGGGCAACGCGCUCGACGCCGCCCCGGAGUGGUGGCGGGCCUGCGCGUGCGAGCAUCUCGACUUCGAGGACGACCCGUGGGACGACUGGCGCAAGGCCCCUGUCUCCGACACGCACUCAUGCUGGCCGCUCGCCGCGCGCCUCGUGUCGGGCGGCGCCGACCGGCGGCUCGAGCUCGCGAACGCGCGACGCGUCGCCCGCGAGGACCCGGGCGAGGACGACCAGGGCUCGGACUCGGAGGAAAGUCGCUUCGUCGACCCGAUCGAGCGCGUCUGCCGGAACCUCGACGCGCUCGCGACAGUCGCCGUCGGCGAGGCCGCCGCGCCCGUCGCCGUCUCCUGCUGCGGCGACGUGGGCUCGCUCCUGCCGCGGCUCUGGGUCCCGGCGCUCGACCAGGCGCUCGAACUGCCGCUCGAGCCGGCGGCUCUGCGCGCGCUCGUCGCCAAGGUCGGCCGGCGGGCGCCGCUCGGCAAGGGGACCGAGACCGUCGUCGACCUCGACGCGCGGCGGACCUGGCGCUUCGGCCUCGGUACCGACGUCCUCGCGACGGCUCCUGACUGGACGUCAGCGUUCUCGUCGUCGGGCGGCGACCGGUCGGCGAUCCUCGACGAGAUCAAGCUCAAGCUUGCGCCCGCGCUGUCCGGGCGCGGCGAGGUCGUGGCGCAGCCCUACCAAAUGCUCGUGUAUGAGGAGGGCGACUUCUUCAAGCCGCACCGCGACACCGCGCGGGCCCCGAGCCACUUCGGCUCGUUGGUCGUCAACCUGCCCGUCGUCGGCGGAGCCGAGGGCGGCGACUUGAUUCUGCGCGCGCGCGACGAGGACGACGUGGUGCUGCCCGCGGCGCGGCCGGGCGCGGCGCCGCUGUGGGCGGCCUUCUACGCGGACGUCGCGCACGAGGUGUUGCCGGUGACCCGCGGCCUACGCGUCACGCUGACCUACCACCUCUACGCCGCGGGCUUCGGCGACGUGCCGCGCCUUCCCGCGUCGCUCCUCCGCACGGGCGAGGCCGGGAGUCUCACGAUCCUCGGGGCCGCGCUGAACUGGACCAUGCGCCGGUUCAAUCGUCCCACCACCCGGUUCGAGCGCACCACCCCCCUCGCCUUCGCGCUUGCGCACAAGUACACGACGAACACGCUCCCGAACGUGCGUGCGGAGGACGAGGAGGGCAACGAGAUCUGGACGCGCGACCCGGCCCGCCUCCGCGGCCGCGAUGCGGUGCUCUACGCGACGCUCGACAAGGCGCUCCGCGCGUACUGCGGCCCGAACCCGGGCGACGACGACUUCGACGACGACAUGUGUUACAUGCCGAGGCCGCCCCUCCGCGUCGAGCUCAUCAAGAUCCGCGACUUUGUGCCGCCGCGCGACGGCGAGGCGCCGAAGUUUUGGGUCGGCGAUAUAAAUACAUGGGACGGCAAUUGGUCGGGUCGCGGGCAACGCACGAGAUUCGUGAACCGCGACGAACUCGCGGAAACGCUCAAGCGCGCGGUGCCCGAGCGCACGAGCCUCUACACGGGCAACGAGGGCAUGGAGUCCGGCUACAUCUACACCUCCGCGGUCAUCAAGCUGGCCGAGUCCGGUAUUGGUGAUUACUGA